GUGACUUCAUGUUUUUGUCACGUGACUGUGUUGUUUCCGUGUCAGUGCUAAGAACACAAAGCCGCUGAGAUCCUGCAGACAAGCAGGAAUAGAAACCGAUACUGACAGCCGCCAGACAACGGCUCAGCCUAUGAUUGAAAUGUUUCCAUCCUCCUGUGACACCUUUGUGGCUCUGCCUCCUUCCUCUGAGGGACAGCGCGUCAUUUUUGGGAAAAACUCGGACAGACCCUGUGAUGAAGUCCAAGAGGUUGUGUAUUUUCCUGCCAGAGACUAUGGUCCAGAGGAGAAGGUUGAGUGCACAUAUAUAGAGAUCGAGCAGGUCGCCCACACCAAUGCAGUUGUCCUGAGCAAGCCAGCAUGGCUGUGGGGGGCUGAGAUGGGUGCAAAUGAGCAUCAAGUGUGCAUUGGCAAUGAGGCAGUGUGGGGCAGAGAGAGCGCUGAUGGUGAGGAAGCUCUGCUCGGAAUGGACCUUGUCAGACUUGGUCUUGAGCGUGCUGACACGGCUGAGAAAGCCGUUGACGUUAUCGCUGUGCUGCUGGAGAAGUACGGUCAGGGAGGCCCGUGUAUGGAGGAUCAGUGUGGCUUCACCUACCACAACAGCUUCCUCAUCUCAGACAGGAAGGAGGCGUGGGUGCUGGAAACAUCCGGGAAGUACUGGGCAGCGGAGCGAGUGGAAGGUGGAUGUCGGAACAUCUCCAACCAGUAUGGAAUAACAACAAAGAUAGACAAGGAGCAUCCAGGAAUGAGGGAAUAUGCUCGAAGCAAAGGCUGGUGGGAUGGAAAGUCAGAGUUCAACUUUGCGACGGUCUACUCUUUUCUGACCACAGCCAGAAUAGAGUCUGCUGGGACUCGGUACUGUGAGGGGAAGAGCUUGUUGGAAAGGAGAAAUGGCCAUAUUAGUGCAGAGGCAAUGAUGGAUAUUCUGCGCGAUAGAGACAGUGGCAUCAACAUGGAGGGCAUGUUCAUGACAACAGGAAGCAUGGUGUCUGUGGUACCCACGGAUCCGGCUCUGCCUGGGGUUCAUUAUUUCACAGCAACUCCAGACCCAGAGAGGUCUGUUUUCAAACCGUUUAUAUUUGUGAAAAACGCUCAUGAGCUGAAGGAGACGUCCUCCCCCAGCUUUGGUCCAGACGAUCCAGUGAAGAACAAACCUCGCUUCCAGAGCAAACCGGACCGCAAACAUCCAUUGUUUGUCAAGCAUGAGCUUAUCGUUGCCAUCAUUGACUCUUACAAGGAGAGAGGACAGAAGAUCACAGAAGGUCUGAGGCAGCUUGAGAAAGAGACGAUUAAAGAGAUGGAGAAGCUUCUAGAAGUGGGUGUGGAAGUUCCUGAUAUUUGGGUGAACCUGUUCUCCGGUUGUGUCCAGAAAGAACUGGGUGUGUACAGCAAUAGCUAAGAGCUGUGUGACAUGAUGGAGAACUGCAGCAGGCCUACAGUGUUUCCUUAUGUGCUGCUUGGAGUCAGUUAACAGUGACCUUCAUGAGAUCUCUGCAUAGCAUUGUACAUGAAUCCUGCAAUAUAUAUAAAAACAUACUUUUAUUAAAUAAACAUUUGACUGUAAGCUUAGACAAGAACUUUAUGUAUAUUUAAUUUAAAUUAGUUUAAGUUUUUUUGCAUUACAGAUGUGUAGCAGUUGGCAGAACACACUACAGAUUCAAUUGGACAUUAAAGGAUUUAUAAACAACUUACAACAUUAAAAUCAAUAAAACACCUUGAAAAAACA